AAUUAUCUUGAAAGGAGAAGGAAGAAAAGAAAAGUCCUAAAAUAAAAUCCCAAAAGUGGAGGUUGCGUCUGACCUGAGAUGUUAAAAGAUACGUCAAUUACGGAAAUAUGAUCGAUUUGUCUUUACAAGCCUGAUGUAGAUUGGUAGAAUGGCAGAAUGUAUCAGUAGAAAUUCAGAUCUUCCUAAACAAGACUGUACAAGCCCUAGCCCGACAGAAACCGUCUGUUUGGAAUCUCUAUGUGCUGAAAACCAUCCAAGUACUUCGCAAAGCAAUAUUGAACAACCUUUAAUUCCCCAAAACGACAAUUAUAAUAUCGAAGAAGUGGAAAAAUUAGAAAAAAGUAAUUUUUUAAAUGAACUCGGGUUGGUACAGGAAUGCGAUGAUGAAGAUGAGAUAGACGUUGUUUUGAAAUUAGAGAUAGAUGUUGACGAUAACGAGGAAGAUGAUACCAACAGUAGAGAUGAUAAAUGGGAAGAUUGUUUAGAUCAAGAAUUUCCUGAUGAAAUUACCACAGAAAACUCAGAAGAAGUAAGCAGUAGUGAUGAAAUAAAUAGUUUUAACGGCAGCCAGUCAAACACUCCAAGAAGUUCACAAUUAAAAAGAAGUAAUUCUGGUUCAGCAGAACGUAUUCUGCGUAAACGCAAAUUAGACGUCAAUAAUGGAUUGCCCAUGUUGCCUUGUAAAAAGAUCCCGCCAGACUCGCCGCCAUUACACAACAACGGCGGUUGUCUUCUCUCACCUACAAGUUCCGCUUCUCAGACUUACUCCGGGAGUAAUACACCAUCUAGUGGUAGAUCGAGGGCCAUCAUACCGACGAAAGAGAACCCGCCACCGGAUCUGUCCAACUGGUUGACACGUUUCACCACCUGGUCAAAUGCAGAACGUAUCAUGGCCAUAAACGAGUUGAUCGCCAGUUGCGAACCAACCCAAGUCAGGCAUAUGAUGCAAAUAAUCGAGCCACAAUUCCAAAGGGAUUUUAUUUCAUUGUUACCAAAAGAAUUAGCUUUAAAUGUUUUGUCAUUCCUAGAACCAAAAGACCUUUUAAGAGCAGCACAGACUUGUCGAAGUUGGCGUGUAUUAGCCGAUGAUAAUCUUUUAUGGAAAGAAAAGUGUAAACAGGCGGGUAUCGACGAAAUACCGAAAAAGAGGAUGUCGUCUAGAUCACCGAACAGCUGCCAUAUGUCUCCGUGGAAGGCUACAUACAUGCGCCAGCAUGCCAUAGAAAUGAACUGGAGGUCAGCUCCAAUUAGGCCACCAAAGGUAUUAAAAGGUCACGACGACCAUGUGAUAACAUGUCUUCAGUUCAGCGGUAAUAGAAUUGUUAGUGGAUCUGAUGAUAAUACCCUUAAAGUGUGGUCUGCCACUACCGGAAAAUGUCUGAGAACACUUGUUGGGCACACGGGUGGUGUGUGGUCCUCUCAGAUGUCUGGAAGUACAAUAAUAAGUGGAAGUACUGAUAGGACCUUAAAAGUAUGGGAUGCUGAUACCGGCCUUUGUAUACACACUUUGUACGGCCAUACCUCAACCGUUAGAUGUAUGCAUCUUCAUGGUAAAAAGGUUGUAAGCGGUUCCAGAGAUGCUACUUUAAGAGUUUGGGAUAUUGAAACUGGAAAUUUCCUUCACGUACUAGUAGGCCAUGUCGCUGCUGUUCGGUGUGUUCAAUAUGACGGUAGGUUAGUUGUGUCUGGCGCCUAUGAUUUUAUGGUAAAAGUUUGGAAUCCUGAAACUCAAGAGUGCCUCCAUACUUUAGAAGGACAUACCAAUAGAGUAUACUCUUUACAGUUUGAUGGCGUUCAUGUAGUAAGUGGUUCCUUGGACACGAGUAUUAGAGUUUGGGAAGUGGAAACGGGAGCCUGCAAACAUAUUUUAAAGGGUCAUCAGUCUUUAACUUCUGGGAUGGAGUUGAGAAAUAAUAUAUUGGUUUCUGGUAAUGCUGAUUCUACUGUUAAAGUGUGGGAUAUCGUGACUGGACAGUGUCUACAAACAUUAUCAGGACCAUAUAAACAUCAAUCAGCCGUAACUUGCCUGCAAUUCAACAAACGUUUUGUGAUAACCUCAUCAGACGACGGAACCGUCAAGCUUUGGGACGUGCGCACUGGCGAAUUCAUCCGAAACCUAGUCGCUUUGGACAGCGGAGGAGCCGGAGGAGUUGUUUGGCGUAUCCGAGCCAACGACACCAAAUUAGUAUGCGCCGUAGGAAGCCGAAACGGGACUGAAGAGACUAAACUAUUAGUGCUGAACUUUGAUAUUGAGAUGUUGAGUGAUGGUACGAUCAUGUCGGUUAGGUAAUCAUUAAGGACUAAAAAAAUUCUUUGUGUGAAUGUGGAUGUAUGCGUACUAUUUGUCAUCGGACGACAGAAAACGGUUUAUGACGAGGUUAUAAUGAACGGAAUAAUUUAAAUUGCCAUAACGACAAAUUGCUAAUAUAAUGUAUUUUAUUAUAAUUGUUCAUUUGAACUUUUCGGUAAAAAAGAAUAGAAUGGAAUGUCCCUUAUAGUAGCACAAUGUCAUUGGUACCAUAAAAUAAAUAAAAAAGGAUUCAAUUGGCUAAAUGUAUGACGUGUUAAGAAUCUUUCAGUGUCUACUCUCUUAUACCGAAAUGUAGGGAUACUCUAUACUAGCAAUACAUUUGUCGAUAUAAUGAUGACUUAUUUAUGUUCAUAUUGCCGUGUUUAUUUAAUCACUCUAGAAUGUACUUCCAGUUUUGUACAAAUGUGCUAGAGAUCUUUUUACAACAUAUAAUGCAAUAUACAAACACAUCUUUAGAAAAUAAAAACAGUAUACAAAAUAACAAUUAUUUGGUUUGAAUAUUUCUAAGUAAUCACUUAAACAGUAUUUAUCAGAGCCACAAUCAUAAUAAGUAUUUAAAAGGUUGGUUAAAAUGUAACGUUCAGUAAAUGAUCGAUUAUCUCUAGUACUUUUGCACGUCCUGGUGUAUUUAACUGUGAUACUAUUCAAACUUCAUCGAGUGAUUCAAACCUAAGCCUCGCAUAGCCAAAAUUUUGAAAGUCGAAGACAAAUGUUGUCUGAGAGUGUAUAAGACAGUUUUUUUCUUCUGAAAAUUGUAAGAACUAAAUCUGGUGCUUUUUCUUACUUUGUUUUAUUUGUAACCAGUAAGUACAAACGUUAUUUUUCCCACUACUUUCGAUUAAUUUGUGAGUUAGAAUAAUUGGUUAACGUACUUGUAGUAUUUUCACUACUCAAAAAACUAUCUUUUGUAGAUUUAUGCAAUAAAUAGUUACAUAUUUCCACAAUAUGACGAAUUUUGGACCAUUUAAGUCAAUCUUUAACGUGGACAACUACGAACUAAACUAAAUAUUUGUGACAUUAUAAAAUAUAAAAAUCGCAGCACAAAAAAUCAAUAACUUUAAAAUCAAUCUAUCGAUCAAAAUUGAAAUCUUCUUGUAAUCAACAAUAUCUAUUUCAACAUGAUUAGGGAGAAAGUAAUAGUUAAGGUCUUAAAUACAACAGAUGACGUAAGAAAGGUUAAAAAAUGCUUAUUUGUUUUUUUAUAAGGAAUAUUCACACUUACAUAACUUCAUGCGGGAGUAGUAUCCUCGUGUUUGUAUUCCACCGGUGUUUCUUUACCACCGUGACAGUUUAGAUUAAAUAAAAGCAUAUUCUGAUUGCGCUGUCUCAAUGAAACUCGAUUUUAUUCUACGAAAAGCGUUGUUAUCAGUGUCUCCAUAAUAUUGGCUGCUUCUUACAAAUUCAUCCAUCUGCUUCAAAUCAGUUAGAGAAGUGUUUUUGUUACUUUAUCUUUUCUCCGUUCUUAAUAAUAAAAAACCGCAAACAAAAAUUUUUGCGAAUCUUAUUACUUUAUAGAAAUUCCAAGAUGAAAACAUUGAAAUUGUCAUAUCAAAAUUUCGUCCGUAUGUAGGUAAUAUCCAAAUAUCAUAUACUAUGUUGAUAUUCUUCUUGAUUUUAAUAACAUUUCCAAUAAAACUGUUAAAUUUGUAAAACGUUAUUAAUAACUAACUUCCGACAUAAAGGCAAUCAAAACUCUACAUAUUGAUUAAUGACAGAUGUCGUAUGUCAAACUCAAUUUUAGACGCUUACAACCAACGAUGUUUCUUUCAACUUAACUAUUGGCGGUAAUUUUCAAUUUUAAAGUCUUCUACAGCUUGAAGUCUUAGAAAUUGAUUUUAUAUUAAAAUUUUGUCCCUUAUUACUAGUAGGAUGUUAUUAUACUUGUUUUUUUUUAUCACUUCUUGCUGUCUGUGCUUCAUUACGCAACUGGAAGUGUUUUCUGUGCCACUUUCGGUUUUUCAAACGUAUACAAUCCAAUUAGACCACUUGUCUCGACAUACAUUGUCCGCAUACAUACUUCUCUACGUUUACUCUAGAGAGUAAUUCAACUAAGAAAAAUGGACAUACCUACCAAAUACGAGAAUUUUUGAACCAUAUUGCAAUCUACUGGCACGGGGAUAAUAAAACCCCAUUUGGUUCGUCAUUGCUUUGAUCUCUUCUAUGUUCUUUGUUUUAGGCAACAAUCAAAAUUUAAGUGUAAACAAAUGUGCUGCGUGUUUUUAUUAUACUAGUUAUUGAUUUCAUAUAAUUUUGUUUAAACCUGCAAAUUCAUAUUACUCAGUAAAUAUUGUAUUAAGGAAAAAUGUAACUAAUUUUUCACUAACUUCUGCUAUAUGAUUAGACGAGACCAUUUUUGUGUCCAUUUUAAUAAUUAUAAAAGUUUUUCAAUUAUCGUUACAAUGUUUUAUCUAAUUAUGAUAAUAUUAUGGAAUAAUAGUUUUAUAGUAAUAAUAAGAUAUAUUCCGGUAAAAUUUUUCCUGUUUUACUACUGCUAAUCAUUAUGGCUACUCGUACCUUAUCCAUCGCUACUCCAAACCAUGUGUGUAAAUGUUUAACAGUCCAUUCUUUAUCAUAGAAAACCAUGUGUGUAAAUGUUUAAACCAGGAGAUCCGUCUGCAUUCGGGACAUCUUUUUCCCAUUACUUUUCCUUGCAAGAUCAGCUGGAACAGUACAUAACGUUCGUUGUUUCGCAUAAUAUGUCUCAAGUACUCCAAUUUCCUUGCCUUUAUAGUAUUUAAUAUUUUAGAUUGUGUUCUCAUUCUACAAAGUACGAUUCCCAUUCGAAAUAUGGUUCAAAAUAUGUCUAUAUAACCACAUUUCAAAUGUCUUAGAAGCAAUCGCAUUUUGCUAUUGAGGUUAAGUCUCUACAUUUAAAUACUUGCUGCGUCCGUAUGAAGGCAUUUCUGGCAUUUUCAAUUCUACAUCUUUCUUGCAUACUAUGAUUUUUAUACCACUUAGCAUUAUAAUUGUGUGUUACAUUAUUUCUCGUAUUAUCGAUUUUUCAUGGAAAUGGGCCCGAAAUUUGGUAAUUAUUAUCAAAUUGGAAUUAAACAACUUAUUUCCUAAGUGUCUUAAAUACAUGAAAUGGUUUAAAGCAGAAAUCCCAUUUGAAAAUAACUCAAUUCAAUUUUCAAUAUCAGGAGUAGUGUUCAGUGUCAUUACUUGUAUUAUUUGAUUAAACUAUCUUUCCCUGGCGUAUAUAAAAAUUUUAAAAGAGUUUAAUAUCUUUAAAUAUUUUUCUUAAUAAAGUGGCCUAGUUUCUAUUUGGUUUAACAUAGGACUGCUUAUUUCCUUUUUACUGUGUGAAAAUAUACAUUUGGUUUUGUAACACACUUUUCUAUUACAUAAUGGAUAGAGAAUUCGUAUGCUAAUAAGUUGGGAGCACAACAAAGCUGCUACAUUGUUUGUAAAAAUUUUUUAAUUUCCCUAAAAACAGUAAUAAGUCAGCUGUUUACCGACUUUAGUAACACAAGGCGCCAUGAUGUAUCUUAUAGGCUCUCUACAGCUUUGGAUUGACCAGGCAUAUUUAAAACACUUAGUUUUCAAAUAUUUAACAUGGGAUAUAAUGUUUAGCAUAUGUGACAUUAUUAUAUUAAUAUGUAAUAUACUUACAGCUAAAUAUUUUCCCAAUUAUUGUUUCUCAUAGCACUCUGAAACAAAGCUGUAAAUAGUUUAGGAAAGAUGGUGUAUCCUUGCCUAAUACCCUUCUUCAAGGAAAUGUGUUUGUGUCGUCACUGCAGCUGUUGCGCUAUUUUAUAUAUUUCAAACAACAUUUGUGUAACCAUGAUCAAUACUGCAUUUGAACUAAGAGAACAAAAUAUUUUUAACGAUAUUUAAUGAUUUUGUAACGAUGAUUGAAAAAUACAGUAUUCUAUUAUUAAUUUACAAAAAGAGCCACCAUAUCAAAAAACGUACCGAAACCAACAGCAAUAUGUGGGAAUUUGACAUUGAAAUUAUGUUUCGCAUCGUAAUAUUGAUAAAUAUAAAAAUUGAUUGGAUAG